AUGUCCUCCACGCCUUCCCAUGAGGAGACCACCUGUCUGGCCUGCAGGGGACCCCAGAAGGAUGCAGUGACCAGCGCCUGUGGACACACCUUCUGUGGGGCUGCACGUCCUCCGCCCUCCCAGAUGGGGGCCCAGCCUUCCGGCCAGGGGCUGCUCUGUGCAAUCUGCCAGGAGAAGGAGCCCACGGAGACUCUCGUGGCCCCUGUGCUCCUGGACCCUCUGGAGGAGACACGCUGUGAGCAGCACGCUGAGAAGAUUUACUUCUUCUGCAAGGUCGAUGCUGAGUUCCUCUGUAUGGUCUGUCGGGAGGGUCCCUCCCACCGCACCCACCCCGUGGGUGUCCUCGACGCAGCGGUUCAGCCCUACCGGGAUCAUCUCCGGAACCAGUCGGAAGCUCUGAGCUUGGAGAAGAAAGAGAUGGAGGACACACGGAGGCGGGAAGACGGGAAGCUCCAAGCGCUUCUGACCCACAUUGAAAGCAAGAAACAGCAGGUGGACACAGUGUUUGAGAGGUUGCAGCAGGAGCUGAUGGACCAGCAGCGUCUGCUGCAGGCCAGGCUGAGGGAGCUGGAGACGCAGCUCCACAUGGAGAGAGACGAAUACACCUUCAGGUCAUCUGAGGAGGUCGCCAGGCUUGGGGCCCAGGCCCAGGAGCUGAAGGAGCAGAGUCAGCAGCCAGCCAGGGCCCUGCUACAAGAUGUCAGAGGCAACCAGAGCAGGUAUGAAACAAAGACUUUUGUGAGUCCAGAGACCAUUUCUCCAGACCUUGUCGAGAAGAUCCGAGAUCUCCACAGGAAAAUACUCCCCCUCCCAGUGAUGCUGAGGACCUUCUCAGAAAACCUGGCACACCAUCUGGAAACAGACUCAGGGGCCGUCACGCUGGACGCUCAGACCGCCAGCCGGAGCCUGGCCCUCUCCGAGGACAGGAAGCCGGCGACGUUCCCCCGGGACAAGCAGAUCCCGCCGCACAGCCCCCUGCGUUCCGAGGGUGUCCCGGCGGCGCGGGGCUCCCCCGGCUGUCCCUCCGGGCGCCACCACCGGCAGGUGCAGCCGGGAGCCCGCGGGGAGGCGGGCAGCGAGGAGGCGGGCCCGGCGCUCGGACCUGCCGCUUUUGCACCUGCCGCUCCGGGUGCGCACCUGCCCGGCUCCGCCCUGCCGCGGAGCGGGACCCCGCCUUCGCCGCCUGCGUCCCCGCAGACUCCCCUGCUUCGCGGUCUGCGAAGCGGGUUCCUGCCGGGCUGA